GGAGAAGAAGAAUGGGCGGACCUUGAUCCUGACAACCCACUUCAUGGAUGAGGCAGAAGAGUUGGGGGACCGCAUCGCCAUCAUGGCUGCGGGACGAGUGAAGUGCGUGGGCUCGUCACUCUUCUUGAAGUCACAGUACGGGGUGGGCUACACCUUGACCAUCGCCAAGGUGGCCCAGGCGAGCUCCGAGCAGAGCCGGGCGCUGCGGUCGCUGGUGGCCUCCAAGUGCUCCAAGGCGGAGGUGACGAGCAACGUGGGCACGGAGUUGACAUACCGAAUGCCCUUCGAGGAGAGCAGCAGCUUCCCCGAGCUCUUCGAGGAGCUGGAACGGCAGCCGCAGCGCUAUGGCGUUGAGCUCUUCGGUGUGUCGGUGACCACGUUGGAAGAAGUCUUCCUCCGCGUGGGCCGCGACCACACGGAGGCGGAUGUGGCGCUCGACGAGCGGCUCCAGCAGGCGAGCUUCGUGCGCCAGAUCUCCGAGGAGCGGGAGCGCGCGCAGAGCUCUUGGCGCCCUGAGGGCUCCAGUUGGCGCUCCUCGAAUCAGGCAGCUGAGCCGCUGACGGCAGAAAGGACCGAGCAGCUCAACGCCAGCUUCGCGCGACACGUGCAGGCUUUGCUGGUGAAGCGCUGGCACAAUGCCCGGCGGGACCGCAAGGCCUGGUGCUGCCAGAUCAUUUUGCCGCUCAUCUUCCUGCUGGCCGCGUUGUUCGCCAUGACCUUCGCGGGCAUCGGAAAUUACGAGGCGGCGGCUUUGAGCCCGGAGCAGUUGCCGGGGCCGCAGCAGCUGCUGGCGGCGCUUGGGCCGAAGGCCGAGGAGGCGGCAGCGAAGGAGCUGCUGGCGAAUGGGCGGCUGCCGGUUGAGGUGACGAAGGGCCAGAUGAACGCCACGGAUUUCAGCGACUACUUGGAGCAGGGCUACUAUCGCACUGAUGGGGUGCAGAGAUGGGGGGCCAUGAGGCUGGUUUCGGUCCCGGACUGGUCGAAGAACGGCUCCACCACGGUGGGGAACUUCCAGGUGGCCUCCUGGCGGCACCCAGGCCAGGUGCUGUCGCCCACCGCCUUCACGGUGCCGGUGGGCACCCUCUGGGGCGAGCAGGCCUCGGUGGGCGGCGCCCCGGUGCCCUUGGGGGACCUGAACAAUCGGGUGCAGGUGGACCUCUUUUGGAACUCCUCCGCCCGCGAUGCGCUGCCCAUGUUCUACCAGCAGCUGCACGAGGCCACCCUGCGCACCGCGCUGGGAGCUGCCAAGCUCCAGGACUCGCGGAUCCUGAUGAGCAACCAGCCCUUCCCGCUCACCAGCUCUCAGAAGGACCUCACCAACACCCAGACCUCGCUGAACCUCGCGCUGGGCUUCGCCUUCAUCCCCGCCUCGGUGGGCGCCUUUGUGGUCCUGGAGCGCGAGACGGGGUCCAAGCACCUUCAGGUCAUCAGUGGUGUGAACUUUGUGAGCUACUGGUUCUCCACAUGGAUCUGGGAUAUCCUGAACUACAUGGUGGCUGCGGUGCUGUCGGUACUGCUCAUCGCUUUGUUCAAAGUGGAGUCCCUGGUGAGCGCGGAGACGCUGCCCUGGACCUGUCUCUGCGUGCUGCUCUAUGGGGUGAGCUGCAGCUCCUUUACCUACAUGCUGUCCUUCCUCUUCAAGUCCCACACCGCAGCGCAGAACCUGCUGCUGAUCGUUUACCUCUUCACGGGAGGCAUUCUGAUGAUCGUGAUGAUCGUCCUGAGCGUGCUGCCCACCACGAAGGAUCUGGCCAAGAACGUGCUGGUCUGGAUCUUUCGCAUUAUGCCGAACUUCUGCCUGGCGGACAGUUUGACGAAUCUGAUCACCCGGAAGAACGUGGCCAUCUGGAUGGGCAACGGCUGCCCCUUCGAAGGCUGCGCGCCCUACGACCUCCAAAUCGCCGGCUACGACAUGCUGUACAUGGGCGUGGGGAGCGUGAUCUGGUUCUUAGCCACCCUCGUGCUGGAGUUGGGCUUCGCCACCCCCAAGCUCCGUGCGCUCUUCCAGUUCCGGCGCUUCGACGCCGGCCGAGACGAUGCACAGCUGGAUCGCCACGUGCAGCUGGAGAAGGAGCGGGUGCAGAGCGGCGCCGCGGACGGGGAGAUGGUGGUGCUCAAGGGUCUCCGCAAGGUGUUCCCAGGGCGCAAGGGCGCGCCACCCAAGGUGGCGGUGCAGGACAUGUUCUUCGGCAUCCCGGAGGGCGAAUGCUUCGGCUACCUCGGCCUCAACGGCGCGGGGAAAACCACCACCAUGAAGAUGCUGACUGGAGAAGAGCUGUCCACAGGUGGCGAAGCCACGCUGGGGGGUUAUAACAUCAAGACGCAGCAGAACCAGGUCCGGCGCCUCAUCGGCUACUGCCCCCAGUUCGAUGCCCUCAUCGGCACCCUCACGGCCCGGGAGCACCUCACGCUCUUCGCGCGGAUCAAGGGCAUGCCGGAGACAGAGCUCCACAGGUAUGUGGAUUCCCUGCUGGACCAGUUGACUUUGCGGCCCUACGCGGACAAGCAAGCUAUGUCCUUCUCUGGAGGGACCAGGCGCAAGCUCUCGCUGGGCCUGUCGUUGGUGGGCGACCCCCGCUGCGUCUUCCUGGACGAGCCCACCACGGGGGUAGAUCCCGAGUCCAGGCGGUUCAUGUGGAAGCUGAUCAGCGGCACCAUGGUGGGCCGCGCCGUGGUGCUGACCACGCACUCCAUGGAGGAAUGCGAGGCCCUCUGCAACCGAAUUGGGAUCAUGGUCAAUGGCCAGCUCGUUUGCUUGGGAUCGGCCUCGCAGUUAAAGGCGACGCACGGAUAUGGCUACCAGUUCGAGGUCACCUUCGUGGCCUCCGCGGAGCUCGCCCAGGCCCACGGGAAGCUCAGGGACUUCCUCCUGCAGAGGUUUGAAGGGGUCCGGGAAGAGGAGAACGUGUCCAGCCGGCCGCGCGCAAGGUAUCGACUGCCCAAGGGCCAGAAGCAGAUCAGCGCCAUCUUCCGGCUCGUGGAGGAGCACAAAGACUCACUUUGCAUCUCCGAGUACUCCGUGUCCGAGACCACCCUCGAGCAACUCUUCAUUCAAUUUGCCAAACACCAGGUCGAGGAGGGAGUGGAGGCAGAAGUCGCAACACAGGCAGCUUCGUCUUCCUCGGAGGAGAAGCUCACGAUUCCGCGAUUCCAGGUGGAAGCCCGGGAGCUGCGCGACCCAGGCAGUGAGAGAAUGGAAGAGCGGGGACUUGGACCGGGGAGAAGCCGGAGUUCCCAUCCGCUGUGGACGUGAGCUUCGGCAGAAGCUCCGCCGUGUAGAACCAGAGUGCCAGAGGUCUUGGAAAACGCCGCACUAUGCGUCUCCCAAGUGGUCGUCUCGUUGCGGGACUUGCCCAGCA